CCUCAAGAGGGCGACACAGCGCAUCUGUUCUGACUUAAACCAAAUGAAGAAGUUCAUGGCGGAAGAAGACACAGUCAACCUGGACCUGAGAGCAUGAAUAAACGACAUUGACCUCCAGAUAUGUAUGCAGGUUGUGUGAGGUGCGUGCUAAACCAUGCAGUGAGAGCUGUGUGUGGUGUCAGUCCUGUCUACCGGACACCAGCAUCAAGGUUUCUCAAAUGCAGCGAAAGGUCAAACAUCACUGCUGCCUCCUGGAGCUGGUCUUCAUUCUCCACAUCAGCAGAUGCAUCGAAACAGACUCCUGCUGCACCAGAGAAGAAAAGGCAGGUGUUCAGAGCUCAAGGUAAAGUCAGCAGUGUUGGCCGUAAGAUCGCUUAUGAACUUAUACGGGUGAUAAGUGAGACAGGCGAGGACCUGGGGAUCAUGCACCGAGCAGAUGUGAUCAGACUCAUGGAUCGGCAGGGUCUGAAAUUGGUACUACUCGAUCAAAACAAAGAUCCUCCCGUCUACCAGCUGAUGAGCGGCAAACAGAUCCAUCAAGAGCAGCUGAAACAACGGGAGAAAGCAAAACCAGCCACCGUGCAGCUGAAGGAGCUCACCUUUUCACCUUGCAUCGCAUCUCAUGACCUCCACACCAAGCUGAAACAGGUGGAGAGCUGGCUGGAGAAGAAGAACCAUGUUAGGAUUACUCUGCGGCCGGGACGCAAUGACCCUAAAGACAACCUGGACACAACUUUAGAGCAGAUGGUGCAAAAAAUGAAAGUACUGGUGGGAUUUGUUUCCAAGCCAACAGUCAUACGCAACGGUCAAGCGGCCAUGUGUGUCCUCCGUCAGGCGUCUGCAAAGGAAAUCAUGCAAGCAAAUAAAGAGAAGAACAAGACGGCACCGCCUCAGUCUGCCGUCUCCAGUUCGACGACCGCUCAGAGCAACACGUCCCCCGUCAGCGCCACGGACACAACAGAAGGGUCCGUACCACAGUGAUCCGAUGGAAAUAAAAAAAAUUUCACAAAAACAAGGAGAAGUCUGUGCCUGAGUGUCACAGUUUGGUGUAAAUAUCUUAAUCAGA